AUGGCAGAUCACAAGGAGACUGGGGUGGUCACAUCCCAAGUUGACCUGGAGUCAACCAAUGCGGAUUUGUCGCCUGAAAAGAAAGGGACCAACGAUGACCAACGGGAUAUGUUUCGCAUGGGCAAACACCAAGAGCUACGACGAAAUUUCCGAUUUGUCUCCAUUUUCGGCUUCUCCAUGAUUCUCAUGGCCAGCUGGGAAACGAUGUUAGGCACAUCUAUCAUCGGCUUGAUCAACGGCGGCACCGCCGGGAUGAUCUGGCUGUACUUGGUAGCCUGGAUUGGCUUCCUGGCUGUCAACACUUCAAUGGCCGAAAUGGGAUCCAUGGCUCCGACAUCUGGUGGUCAAUAUCACUGGGUGAGCGAAUUUGCGCCAAGGACAUACCAAAAGUUCAUGAGUUUUAUUCUCUCAGGCUGGCUCUGCGUGCUCGGCUGGCAGACAGGUGCGGCUAAUACAGCAUUCCUCGCCGGAACUCAAAUCCAAGGCCUUGUGAUCUUGAAUUAUCCGGAUUACACACCUGAGAGAUACCAUGGCACGUUGUUGACGUUCGCUGUGGCCUCAUUCUCCGUCUUCUUCAACACCUUCCUCGUCAAAAAAUUGCCGUUGGUGGAAGGCAUCGUGCUGAUCGUACACGUGUUUGGCUUCUUUGGCGUCCUGAUCACCCUCUGGGUCCUGGGCCCAAUCGGAAAUGCAAGCGAUGUCUUUACCACUUUCAACAAUUACGGCGAUUGGAGCAGCGAUGGGCUAUCAGCAAUAGUUGGCAUCCUCGCGGUGAUGAUCCCGUUGCUCGGCGCAGACGGCGCAGUCCAUAUGUCCGAGGAACUCCGCGACGCAUCGAAAGUGCUCCCUCAAAGCAUGAUCUGGACCACUAUCCUAAACGGUUCUAUGGGUUGGAUCAUCCUGAUCACCUUCUGCUUCACUCUGGGAAACCUUGACGAUGUGAUCGACUCGCCCACCGGUCAGCCGUACAUUGCUGUCUUUUACAAUGCCACGCAGUCUUAUGCUGGCGCAUCAGUUCUCUCGGCGCUGGUCAUCUUCAUGGCCAUUUUCUGCAACUUGUCGAUUACAGCGACUGCCUCGAGACAGCUCUGGUCCUUUGCCCGUGAUCAGGGCAUUCCGGGUGCUUCGUGGUUUGCAUACGUGCGACCUGGCUGGGACGUCCCCAUGAACAGUAUCGUGGUAUCUUUCGUGGUUUCGUGUCUGCUUUCCCUGAUCAACAUCGGCUCCACGAUUGCGCUCAACAACAUUACCUCGCUGUCCCUGGUCGCCAUCUUGUCGUCAUACAUCGUCUCCAUCGGCUGCCUGUUCUGGAGGCGGUUGACGUAUCAGCCUCUCCUCCCAGCGAAAUUCACCUUCAGCAGACCAGUUGGUCUGUUCUUGAACGGAUUCAGUCUCGUCUUCCUGGUCUUCGCCUUCGUCUUCGCAUUUUUCCCCGGUAACCCAGACCCAACGGUUUCUCAGAUGAAUUGGGCCAGCUUGAUCUACGGGUGCGUGAUGAUUUUCGCAGUUCUCCACUAUUACAUCCAGGCCAGGCAUGUCUAUGACGGUCCUGUAGAAUAUGUGCGCAAGCUGGUGUAA